UGGAUUUGGCCAGAGCCCCUCGUCGCGCUCGGUCGAAAGUGGGUAUCGAACACGCGUAAGAAGGGCUCUGGGUACGAGAAUGGGUUAGGGUUAGAGUUGGUGUUUGGAGUAGGGUUAGUGUUAGUAAAACCGUUGUUUUAUUACGUUUUGUCACUCUGAGGCCAGCGAAAUAAUCUCUUCCGUUUGUUGACGGCAUAAAUUGCGAUUUUAAUAUGGCGUCGCAAUUAAAGAAAUGGUCUAUUGACUGUUAAUGCUGACUCAGCGUUUUUCUCAAUAACCGCGCCGGACUGUUGAUGAAAUUGAGCCAGCAAUCACAGCCCCUGAAUGUACGGAGCGAACCUCCCUCUUUCUUUUCCUUCAUGUGGUCGAUUCAAGAAUAGUUUGGUAAUUUUUCCCAUUUUCAACAUGAAAUUUCACCCAUAAUCUCUUAGAUUUUUCUACAAUUUUUAGCUUUAGGUUGUAGCUAACAUUCCCUUUUACUUUCUGUCCAAAGCUUGUUUUUGAAAGAUGCAAAUUUUCGUCAAAACUUUGACGGGAAAGACCAUCACUUUAGAGGUACGAAAUGGCAUAAUUGAUAAUUUUGUCCACGUGUUGUUCUGUUGUGUAUGGUUGCUUUCAUGUGUGAAUUUGGUUUAAUAUGUUGUGUAUUAUUGUUUGUUAGGUCGAACCCAGUGAUACUAUAGAAAAUGUGAAAACUAAGAUCCAAGAUAAAGAGGGUACACUGCUUGUUCAACUUUUAAUAGACAGUUUUGUUGUGGUGUUCCAUAAUAUAAAGGGUCGUUGACCAAUAGAUUUUGUUUGGCUCCAGUGUGGGAAAUUUGUAUUGCGUGGCUGAGAUAUCGGCUGUGCAAUUUUGAUGCUUUCUAUAUAUUUAAUAUUAAAUUUUCGAAUUUUUGGCACAUAUUAAAUUUCCAAACUUUCCAGUUGGGGUUUUGUUAUCACAGACUUGUAACUUGUUACAUGGUGGGGUUGCAUGGCAAAGAACGUGCAAUUACAAAAUAACUGACAAACACUGAAAUACCAUGAUAGACUGGUUAACCAACUAACACUUUGCCUUAUCAACUUAGGAAUCCCUCCCGAUCAACAAAGAUUGAUCUUUGCUGGCAAACAGCUAGAAGAUGGUCGAACUUUGAGUGAUUAUAACAUUCAGAAGGAAUCCACACUUCAUCUUGUACUUCGACUCCGAGGUGGUGGCAAGAAACGUAAGAAGAAGACGUACACAACACCCAAGAAGAACAAGCAUAAGAAAAAGAAGGUAAUACUGCAAUUCCCAAAUACUCAAUAAUGGAUCGUUCCAGAAAAAAUCCACACUGAUCCCAAGGAGGAAAUCCUGCUAUCCAGAGGGGGAUUUGUUUUUGAUAAGGCAUAAAAAAAUACUUGUGAUUCCAGUUCCCGACCGACCCUAUUUUUUUCCGCCAACCCUAUUAUUUUUUCAACGCGAUUGACUGUGCAACCCUAUUUUCUCCAGGUGGUUGCGGGAUGCUCAUACAAUGUGCCAAAAUGGUGUCUGUUGUAACACUAAUUAUUGAACCAAAUUCACAUAUCAGUGACCAAAUUGCCUAAAUUCGUCCAUAGGAAAUAUGCAUCUCUAGUUAAUAUUGAUGUCGGGACUCUACUGCAAAUCGCCCAGCAAAAAACUGCCAAAACCAUGAAAAAAUAUUACCGACUCUAAUUUUUUCACAAUAUGGAACCGGAACCACACGCCUAAUAGUAAACUGUGUAUUAGGACAUCUGAAAGGAGUAGAGGGGUGUGUUAAUGUCCAAUUUCCUCUGUGGGAGAGGUAUGGAUGUUUUCUGGGAUGACCUAAUCCUACCAUGGAUUGAUUGGGUCAUUCCAGAAAACAUCCCCCAUGGAGGAAAUUGGAAGUUAAUCUCUGAACCCCAUUUUAGAUGCCCUGGUACAUUUUACUGUUAGAAGUGUAGAGAGAGAAGUGUUAGAAGUUCCCUCCCCCUUUGGAUGGCAGAAAUUUUCUUCAUAAGGGGAGUGUAGAUCCUUUUGUGGAAUGACCCAUAUUUACACUGAAAGUACAACAUGUAAAAAAUACACCCUAGUUUAUUAUUUUAUGCUGUCUGAUGCCAGACUAUUUCACUCAUUAAGGGGAGAGUUGUGUGGUUUAUAGAUGGGUUAAAAUAACUACUGUGCAUUCAGAUUUUUUAAACAUAUAUAAACCUGACCCUUAUUAGGUAAACUUGCAUUUUAUUUUCAAUGUAAAAAAAUGGUUUCUUGUAUCUAAUGCAAUUAUUCUUUGUUUAGGUAAAACUUGCAGUGUUAAAAUACUACAAGGUGGAUGAAAAUGGCAAGAUCACUCGUUUAAGACGAGAAUGCCAGUCAGAGUCGUGUGGUGCCGGUGUUUUUAUGGCUAGCCACUUCGAUCGCCAAUAUUGUGGCAAAUGUCAUCUUACAUAUGUUUUCAACAAGCCCAGUGAAGGCAAAUAGAUGCAUCUAUAAUAUGAAAUAAAAUUAAAACAAAAUUUGCAAAUGUUUAUUUUUUUGCAUUCUCUAUUAAAUCACCCUUAAACUCUACUAUAGGUGUUGCAUUUAUCAAUUAUCACUCAAAACAUUGGGCUUAU